CAGGCCGCCUGAGGAUUCCGGUGGGCCGCUCUGGCAAGAAACCUGACAGGCCGCCUGUUCUUCUACAACACGGGCUCUUGGAUGCUAUAACAUGGCUGUUGAAUCCUCCUGGCGAGUCUUUAGGAUUCAUCUUGGCAGACAAUGGAUUUGAUGUUUGGCCUGCCAACUCCCGUGGCACCAAAUCUAGCCGUGGACACAAAUUGCUUAGUCCCAGUGAUGCGGUUCUCUUCAUUUUAGUGCAUCUCUUUAUAUCAUACAAAAUGUGAUAUCUUCAACUUCUGAUUUUCUUUUGCAUAUGUAUGAUUUUUAGGCUUAUUGGGAUUGGUCAUGGGAUGAAUUAGCUGCUUAUGAUCUUCCUGCUUCAUUCCAGUAUGUUCAUGAUCAGACGGGGCAGAACCUGCACUAUAUGCUUGGAUUGUGUUAUCACUUGUUUUAAAACUUACAAUUAUCAAAGUACUGGAAUUUUGUUCGACACAAAGGAGGACUUUUACUUGUUGGGGUUUGUUGAAUUCGCUCCUGGAGGGGAGGCUGCUGCUAGACUUUUGAAGUUUAUCUGCGAUAUAAGGCAAAGUGACUGUGCCGACUUGAUGACUGCUGUUACGGGAAAGAAUUGCUGCUUGAAUGCUUCCAGGACAGACAUUUUUCUCGAAAAUGAACCUCAGUCAUCCGCAACAAAGAAUCUCAUCCACCUAGCCCAGAUGAUUCGACAAGGGACCCUAGCAAUGUAUGAUUAUGGCAACGAGGAUGAGAACAACAUACACUACGGGCAGCCUGCUCCUCCCGUGUACAACACGGCAAGCAUCCCAAAUGACCUUCCUCUGUUCCUCAGCUAUGGAGGGCAGGACUUGCUUUCUGAUGUGAAUGGUGUGCAGACACUGCUAGAUACCCUCAAAGAUCAUGAUGCCUACAAACUUGUGGUACAGUACAAGGAAAAUUAUGCACAUUAUGAUUUCAUUUUUGGUUUUAAUGCUAAGCAAGUUGUGUAUGAUCCUCUUGUGGCCUUCUUCAGGCUCCACUGAGAAAAUUUGUACUGUAAAAUUGUGAAGUAUGACCAGUAUUUUUGUAAAUUUUUGGGCAGCAUGAUGAGAAAAAUACAUUGUAUGAAUUUCAUGAGCAGCAUUGAAUGGAUCAACAUCAUUUGCGGCUCUUUUA